CCCAAGUCUUUUCAAAAUUUUAUUAUUUUGUAAUCACAGAAAUACUAAUUACUGAUAGCAAAAUAGCAAGGGAGCUUUCGCCACCUAAAAUUGUUAAAUUUUGAGUUUUUGGCUUAAUCUCGAGUAAAACUGCCGUGGUUUUGUUUCCCGUUUUGUUUCUAAAAUUAUCAGAAAUUUCGAUUGGCUGGCGUUAUUUUUUCUAACGGUGAGCCUAACAUUUGUGGUAAAGUUUGUAUAUUACAAUGGAAUGUGAAACUCGCGUGGAAUUUUUGGUGCUCCCCCUAACGGAAAAUACAGCAGUUGAGGUUUGCUGAAGUUUGUAACGUUUAGUGCCUCUUGGUCACCUUUUCUUCGUUUUAGAAGUGUAAAAAAUGCCCAAAAUCUGACUCAGAUCGUCCCCCAAGUGCCUGUUCCAGCUUCUAUGUUCAGUCAUAAAAGUUUUGGAUCACAUAAACCGCUCUAAAUGGGUUCGUUGCAACAACCCAACCGCUUCCGCCCUUUCAACCAGACCACUCAGAGCACCUUCCCUCAAAGCCUGAGUGGCAGCGAGACUGACAUUUCCACCUCAAAUGAAAACCUCUCGAACGAAGAAAAGUACGUGAUACGUCACACCGCCCGCCAGGAGCCCCAAGGCCAGGAGAACCAGCAAGCCUCAAAUCGCAGCUCCCUGCGAGACAGCCUCCCCUCGAACCGCAGCUCGCUGGACGUCUCCUCCUCCUCGUACAACACCCUCAUCAUCCACAGCGCGGGGGACGAGCCCUGGACAGGACGCAACUCCGGUGUGAGGGAAUCGGGCGACGCCUACCACCCCCACCAACCCUCGAAUCUGUACGACCCCAAACUCUCGCCCAAUCAGAAGCGAAGCUCCGCCUCGCCCUCGCCCUCCGUCCGGACGAGCUUUGACGGAAACACUCGAAUCUACGACACCGGGGUCCAGGAAAUCACCGAAAUCCCCGAUGACUAUCUCAGCCAAUCCUCAGUCCUCAAACACUUGGCCAAAGAAGUCAAGGUCCCGUCCCCCAAAUCCGACUUUUCCUUCUUCGAUAACCCGCCCCCUGAGUACCCAAAGUGGGCCGAUAAGUCGCCGUUACAGGCGGCUGUGCAUCGAAAUAACGUCAAUAACGAGAAAUUGACACUCUCGAAGUCGCAACCCGACCUGUCCAAGGUGGGCGUGCCCAAAGGGGCGGCCGACUUCGAUGGGUUCAGGCGGGGCGUGUCCGCGCCGAGACCGCCCACCAAAGGCAGGGAGGAGGCGGAGACAGGGGGCGGGGAGUUGUGGCCCUCAGCCGAAAUGGUCGAAAUACUCAUCAAGGAGAACAGUGCCUUGAAAAUCGAAUUGGAGAAUUGCUACAAAAGAGUUGCAAAGACACAAAAGCUUGAACAAGAAAUUCUAAAAGUACACAAGGCACAGGAAGAGUUAGUUCAGUCGUGCGAGCGCAAAGAACGGCUCGAACGAGCCGCUAGGGGGCGUUUGCAAAAUGACAAUCGCCGGUUGCAAGAGUUGAAUCGGGCCCUGCGUGAGCAAGUUGAUUUGUUAUCAACUCAAAUGUUGUCAAGGUCACCGGCGCCCGAUUCAGGCUCACCCGAUUGUUUGCGGAGAGAGUUGAGCAAGAGGGAGGUGUUGAUCGCUCAGUUGAUUCAGCAGAAUAAGGAACAUGUUGCUGCGAAAGAACGCCAAGAAAUCGAGUUGGCCGCGCAAAGAGUUACACUUCAGGAACAACGCACCCAUAUCGAUAUUCUAGACACCGCACUUACCAACGCUCAAGCGAAUGUCGUCCGUUUGGAGGAAGAAUGCCGCAAAAAGCAAGUGUACGUGGAGCGCGUGGUGCAGCUACAGAGGGCGCUGUCGUCGCUCCAGCUUGCGAGCGACCGUCGCGAGCAAACCGAGCGCAAAUUGCGUUUGCAGCUCGAGCGCGAGCUCCAGCGCACCAAACUGGCGCAAGGCGAGGGCGGUAAAAGUGGCUGGGAUUCCCCGAAUGGUUCGGGUAACGAAUCACCGUCCGAAUUAAAACGACGCCUGCGCGAAAAAGAGGAGAAAAUCAUGCAAUUGGAGGGCGAUUGCACCAAGUGGGAGCAGAGGUAUUUGGAGGAGAGUGCGUUGAGACAGGCGGCCAUCGACGCGGCAAGCAUUCCCAAGGAUGCGAAAAUUGCCGCCCUGGAGAAGACCAGUCAAGAGACGGAGAAAAUCAUCGCCGAGGCGAGAAACGAGAAAAUUAGACAUAUGGACGAAGUCCAUGCCGCCCAAAAGAAAGUUGCCGAUUUGGAGUCGCGUGUUAAAGAUCUCGAAUCGAAGUUGGCUGAGCGCGACGCUAUGAUUAAAGUAUUGCAGAAGCAUACGUACGAUAAGGACGUAUCGAGUAUGCUGGGGCGGUCCCCCCACCAUACGCCCCACCCCAGUCUGGGCGGGGCCGACAUUGAUCACGUGUUGGGAACGGCGGUGUCGAGGGAGGAGUUAGUCAGUAGCGUCCUAACGAGUUCUACCGGUUUUGGAUCGGGGAAUUCCUACACCGGGAGUGAUUCGUCCUACCAUAUGCCUUCUUAUACCAAAUAUGAAAAUAAAAGUUUUGAUUCGACGAAACAAAGUUUGGAUAAUCAGCUAAAAGAAAUCGAUAGUCAACUCGAUUCGCAACUGUUGAGCAAGCGGGGUCUUUGCUGUUUUCCAGGAUUCACUAAUCCAGUCACUGCGCAGAGAAAAGGAAAAAUACCCAAGCCACUAUUGGCGGGUGUGACCGGCGGCGGCGCUGGGGGCGGAGUCGCGAUGUACGAGCCCGGCGCGAUGCUCCUGUUGGAGAAGCAGGGCCGCGCCUCCCAGCAGCAACGCAUGCAGGACACUGCCGACGCCUCGCCGCGCUGCCCCGCCCCCAGCUCGCUGCCGCGUCCCCCGCGCCCCUCCCACCGCAGCGGCCUGCCGCGCCGCCUCGGCGACUACAAUAGGCUAGCCGAGGGCGAGACUCCGCCCCGGAAGAAGUCCGACGGCGCCGAUUCGCUCAGUUCCAACGCCAGCAGCCGGAGGGCGUCGCCGGCGCGCUCGCUGAUCCCGCCCCGGAAGCUGGGCGAAUACGGGAGGCUGUCAGAGAGUGGCGGCUCGAGCGCCUCCCUCCGCAAACCGACCAAUCAGAGAUCGAGGAGUGGCGGCGAGAGAGACUCCGCCUCCACGCUCAGCGAUAACUCGGCCAGUUCCUUGCCAACGCCCUCCAAAGUGAGGCUCUUCGGGGGCGGGGCGAUGAGAAGAGGCGGCUCUUUGGGGCGGGACAGCAAAAGCUCCACCGAUUCGACAACGAGCAAGUAUCGUAUACAGUUUUAGGUUAGAAGCGGCUUCCGCUAUCAUGUGCCUGAUUUAAAUAUUUUGGACUUUUUGUCCGAAUUGUAGCUAGUUAGGUUGCCUCGAUGUUAUUUUGUCUUUACCGGGUUUCUUUUGUUUUUACGCUUGUUAUUAUUGUAUUGUAGAACAGUCUAUAGUCAGUCUUUACUUACUAACUAGUCUUAUUAAACCAAAUAGAUCAAAGCUAGGGACCAAAUUUUUUGUUCCAGUGGCAGAUUGUUGUUUCUUUAUUAUUUUCUUUUUUAUGUUAGGUAAAGACAAAUAAGGCCAUAUCCUACAAAGUGCCUUCAGUAGAUAAACAAGGUCUCUCGAGAAAGUGUACUAGUGGUUUAAUUGAAAUUUUCUGGGCAGUAUUUUUCAAUAAAUUUCAUAUUAUCAGUUGAAAUUUUUAAAGUGCAUUGAUUAUUUGGCAUAAAUCAAAUGUUCCGUCCGUUUAGUAAAAUACAGGCUGUUCCGUCUAAACCGCGCAUUACUGAAAAUGUUAAUAGUGAUUGUGCAGGAGCUGCGGGAUUAUGGUUGUAUACAACUUCCAAUACUUCUAAAAUAGGGACACCCUGUAUAAUAUUCCGGAAAAUUCGUAUUGGGCCACUCUAUGGAUUCGAAUCUCCUAUUUACACUUUUUUAUACAAAGUUUUCUUGUUUCUAGUAAUACAGUCUAGUCUGUUUAUACAAAAAAUGUAUUCGAAAUGUACAGACAAUAAAUCAGUUUUACCAA